UAAAGCCCCUGAGCUCAACGCCGCCGCCGCCGCCGCCGCAGAAACCGAGAGGUUUGGAGCCGCAUCCACCGCACCAUCUCUCCCGAAACUACGUGCCGGUCGGCUGCGUCCUCGCUUGCCAGUCUCUCCCCGCCUCUUCCCCACCUAGCGCGCACCUGGUCAAGGCCCGGGUCCUGCCAAGAUCCCAGAGGGUUCGUGCCAAGGCCCCAAGGGAAAGUGCUGAGCGCGCGCGCCAUGGGGCCGCCGCCAGGGGCCAGGGUCUCCUCCCGCGGUGGCUGCGGCUUUUCCCGAUUGCUGGCAUGGUGCUUCCUGCUGGCGCUGAGUCCGCACGCGCCGUGCUCCCGAGGAGCCGAAGCCGUGUGGACAGCGUACCUCAACGUGUCCUGGCGGGCUCCGCACACCGGAGUGAACCGCACCGUGUGGGAGCUGAGCGAGGAGGGUGUGUACGGCCAAGAUUCGCCCCUGCAGCCGGUGGCCGGGAUCCUGGUACCGCCCGACGGCCCCGGAGCGCUCAACGCCUGUAACCCGCACACCAAUUUCUCGGUGCCAGGAAGCUGGGGUAGCACCGUGCCCGUCCCUUGGCUGGCGUUCAUCCAGCGUGGCGGGGGCUGCACCUUCGCAGACAAGAUCCAUCUGGCUUACGAGAGAGGGGCGUCUGGAGCCGUCAUCUUUAACUUCCCGGGGACCCGCAAUGAGGUCAUUCCGAUGUCGCACCCGGGUGCUGCAGAUAUUGUUGCAAUUAUGAUUGGCAAUCUGAAAGGCACAAAAAUUCUACAGUCUAUUCAAAAAGGAAUACAAGUAACAAUGGUCAUCGAAGUAGGGAAAAAACAUGGACCUUGGGUAAACCACUACUCAAUUUUUUUUGUUUCUGUGUCCUUUUUUAUUAUCACAGCAGCAACAGUGGGUUAUUUUAUUUUUUAUUCUGCUCGAAGAUUGCGGAAUGCAAGAGCUCAAAGCAGAAAGCAGAGGCAAUUGAAGGCAGAUGCUAAAAAAGCAAUUGGAAGGCUUCAGCUACGCACACUGAAACAAGGAGACAAGGAAAUUGGCCCUGAUGGAGAUAGUUGUGCUGUGUGUAUUGAACUGUAUAAGCCAAAUGAUGUAGUGCGCAUCUUAACCUGCAACCAUAUAUUCCAUAAGACGUGUGUUGACCCAUGGCUGCUUGAACACAGGACUUGCCCCAUGUGCAAAUGUGACAUCCUCAAAGCUUUGGGAAUUGAGGUGGAUGUUGAAGAUGGCUCAGUGUCUCUGCAAGUCCCUGUAUCCAAUGAAACAUCUGAUAGUGCCUCUCCUCAUGAAGAGGAUAAUCGUAGUGAGACUGCAUCAUCUGGAUAUGCUUCAGUUCAGGGAACAGAUGAACCACCUUUGGAGGAACAUGUGCAGUUAGCAAAUGAAAAUCUACAGCUGGUAAACCAUGAAGCAAGUUCUAUGGCAGUGGAUGUUGUUCCUCAUGUUGAUAAUCCAACCUUUGAAGAAGAUGAAUCUCCUGAUAAAGAGACUGCUGUUAGAGAAAUUAAAUCAUAAAUCUGUGUCAAUAGAAAAAAACAUUUAGUCAUAACAUAACUGCCAAUGAGGGCCUAGUUUACUAUCAAUGAACUGAAUAAAUUUCAUAAAAUAAGAAUGAUACUGAAAGUACUGAGAUGACUAAUAUAUUCUAUAAUUAAAUGACUUAAAUAUUUAAUCUAUGAACUUUUUCCCACAAACUCAUAUUCAUAAUGGUUUUUUUUUUUUUUU